GAAAGAGAAACCUCCAGGAAUAACGGUAACGGCUCACAGCUCACCUGCGGCGGCAGCGAUUCUUGGCUCAGUGUGGCCUCAGUAUGGACUUCCGGUCUAGAAGUGAUUUCCUCGAAGUGUGGUCCCACUGGCUAGUACUUAAAACUGAAUAUUGUACUUGGCAAGCAAUUGCCCAAAAUGUGCUUGGAUGAACAAUGGAUACUCCUGAGUAUUUGGAUUUGGAUGCAAUAGAUUUUAGUGAUGAUGUUCCUCAUCUAAGAAUAGCUUUUACACCCAGAAGUCUCAAAAAUCAGUUUGGAAGCUCUUCAGCGAAAGCUGUUCCUGAAAUAUACAAGAGAUGUGAAAUGCAAAAUGAAUGCCGGAUAGUUUCUAGUUCAAAUUGGCCUUCGGGAGGUACAUCGUCAAUUAGCAGUGGAAUAAAAACCAAAGGCACGGCAGAUGUGUACAGUAAAUUCAGACCUGUGAAAAGAGUUUCACCUCUGAAGCACCAACCAGAAAGCCCUGAAAAUGAUAGAGAUACUGAACAGCAUAAACUCAAGGGUAACUAUCAAAAGCAAGAUGUUACUGAAAAUCCAAGUGAGCCUGAUACCUUCUGUUACAACAAUGGACAGUUAUUUAAAAUCAAAGACACUGGCACCAGCAUUUUGCUUGGUGAACUUGAACAUUAUGAUUUGGAUAUGGAUGAAAUAUUGGAUGUGCCUUACAUUAAAUUAAACCACUUUCCUUCCCAAAGAUGUAGUCCUUACACAAAGGUUGCCUCAGAGAAAAGGCCAGGCAUGGAAAUGAGAGAUGAUGGCAGCAGGAUCUGCUCAGCAGUGAAGCAUGAGAACUCACCAACCAACGUAACACAGUUUUGUAUUCUGUCACCAGUAAAUAGUUUGGAGUUGAGGAGAGCAAAACCAGUUGUCACAAAACCUCACAAGCAAGCAACCGACAGCUUAGAUGGCUCUGAAUCACCAAAUGGCUGUGAUGUAAUAUAUAAUGCUGAAGCUGAGGAAAAAGAUUUGGCUAGCAGAACUUCAGGUUUGUUUGUUAAUUCACAUGGACACAAGAUGAGUGGUACACUGCAAAACUCUCGACCAAAGACAUUGUCUCUGCAAACCCCAGCUGACAGCAAACUAGAAGAAGGAAAUGCUAAUAAAAAUGGGAUUAGCAUGGGAAGACCUGGAGAGACAAGUGAGGAAGCAAAAAAUGUCAAAAGUAUUUUAAACAUAGUCAGAGAAGGACAGAUUUCAUUGCUGCCACAUUUAACUGUUGACAAUCUGGAGAAGAUCCAUGAUGAAAAAGGAAAUAAUCUGCUGCACAUUGCAGCUUCUCAAGGACACCUAGAGUGUUUACAACAUCUUACUACUUUAAUGGCAGAGGAAUGCUUGACAGAGCGUAAUAACGAGAAACUUACCCCAUCUUCCUUGGCAGUAAAGGAAGGGCAGCUUGAAUGUCUGCGCUGGCUGAUGAGUGAAACCGAAGCCAUUGCUGAGUUGAGCCCUUCAGAUGGUUACCCUGCACUUAUACAUUAUGCUGCAUGCUAUGGACAGGAAAAAGUUCUCCUGUGGCUUCUACAAUAUAUGCAGGAACAAGGAAUAUCUUUGGAUGAAGUUGAUCAGUAUGGAAACACUGCAGCUCAUGUUGCUACCCAACAUGGUCACCUGAGUUGCCUUCAGACCUUAGUCGAAUAUGGAGCAAAUGUGACAAUACAGAAUCAAGAUGGAGAGAAGCCUUCCCAGAGUGCAGAACGACAUGGACAUACCACUUGUUCACGUUACCUCGUAGUUGUGGAAACCUGUAUGUCUCUAGCAUCACAAGUGGUGAAGUUAACAAAACAACUAAAAGAACAAACAGCAAAGCAGAUCGGCUUGCAAAACCAACUUCAGCAUUUCCUACAAGACCAGAUGACAGAAGGAGCUGAACCCCAAUCUGCUAGUUCCUCUAUACCAUCCGAAAACAUUAAGAAAAGUCAUUCAUCCUGUGAUCAAAGGAUGCCAGGCUUAACUACAAACGGGAGUGCAACUACUCACAACAAUGAAACAAAACCAAAGGUUACCAAAAAAACAGUACUGAAACAGAAAGGUGAAGAAUCCGACAAAAUUCUACGUCAGCUCUUGGGGGAAGAGAUUUCUGGAAAUGUGUGCACACAGGAAAAACUUUCUUUGGAAUUUCAAGAUCAGCAGGAGGCAAGUGUUGUGACAGGAUCUGCAAGGAAAGUCCUGAGAAACAAAAGGGAACUGAAAUUGACCAGACUGAGAUAUUCUCAGAGAUCCUCUAGUGAGUCAGACACUGACUCCUAUAUCAGUGAAGAUCAGAAGAACUCUCCCAUUAAAAGAGCUGACAAACCACGACCAGAGCCCAUUGUUGAAAAAGAGGAAUGCACUGCAAAAGUCCACUUCAUGAUUAAAAAGCAUGCCUCAGCAGUAGGGAGAAUGUUUCCUUUUUCCCUUAAAGCCUCUGGUUCAUCAGAGGAACAUAGUAAUUCUUGUAUUGCUGAAAGCAAUGAUAAAGUACCUGACUCUCAGCAUCAAAUAAGAAGUCCAGUCAGGACCCAGUCUGUUGAGGAAUCAGUUCUGCCUUGUGCUGACAACACUACCACACAAAAAACUACAAACAGUCCUAAAAGUGCUCUUAAGUCACCAUCUUCAAAGAGUAGAACUUCUCAGAAUUUAAAGCUUAGAGUGACUUUUGAGGAGCCUGUUGUGGAAAUUGAACAGACAGUUUCUGAAUUAGAUAACAGGAAGGGCACAGAAAGUGAAGGAACAUUACCAAGGUCACCACCUAGUCUAGAAAUGGGUGAACCAUUGAACAAAUAUGUUGGACAGUUUUGCUCACCAGUGGAAUCCAUAAACAGUAACCAGAACAACAAUAACUCACAAGCUACCCAUUUAGACAUGACACCCACACCUAAUUUACCACUGAAUUCCACAGGAAGGAGAUCUGGAGGCUCAAAAGCAAGUUGUGUAACAUCCUCAAAGGUUAAUGCCAAGAUAGUGAGUGUGUUAAAAUCUGCCAAAUAAUCAACUGUUUUAGUCUUUUUGGAACUUAUUAACAAUCUAAACUAACAUUUCAAAAAUUCAAAAUAGUACCAAAUUUUAUUAUAUGUACAUUUGUAUAGAAGAA